UGAUUGGCAGUGGUGGUAGCACUGGUAGCUGUGCACUGGUGUUGUAGUGUGUAUGCCUACAAGUAGUGCUGACAUUACAUAAUGAAUGUAAUGAAUAGUAUAUAUCGUGUUGUCCUUUAAGAUCAAACCAUUAAUACGUUAACGUAUUUCAGAAGAGAUACCACAAGUGGUGUGAAAGUGGAGCCCAUUCUGUAGUAACUAAUUGGACGGUCUUUACGGAACAGUACAAGUUACUGUACGACACGGAACUGAUCCCCGACUAUGAAUCCGGACCCAACGAUUCACGGCUUUGACAGCCAUUACUCAGGAGUACAGCCGUUGACAUUGACUGCUGCCAUGAGUGACCCCAACGGCCACUCGUCCCAUAUGUCUCACUACAGCGUCCCCACUAUUGAUCCCACAAUAGGUCAGCACUUAAUGCCUUCGCCGGUAGACGAAUACCACGUGAGCGCCGACACUGUGCCCCCAAUAGCGCCCACAAUAGCGCCCACAUACGACGACAUAUUUCCAGCACUUCCAGAGAGCGAGUCCAGAGGCGAUACGGACAACACUGUGGUGAACACAGGUCUUCAGUGGAAUAUCCAGAAAAUGAAAGUCAAGUCUUCGAACAUCACUCAAGUGUUUCGUGUGGCGCCCGAAGAGAGGAAGUAUAGGGAACUGAACAGUCGUUUCGGCGAACAGGCGGAGCAGUCGAAGAUAUGCGCCGACAUUAUGCAGAAGGCGAGCGCUCACAUCGAGAUGAGUAUCUCGAAGGACGGGACCCUCACGUUCCUCAUCACCGGCAAGGAAGAGGCCGUCCAGUUGGCUAAACGCAUGAUUUCAUCGGAACUCCAGACACAGGCCAGUGCUACGCUGCCCAUCCCUAAAGAGCACCACCGCUUCAUUUUAGGCAAAAACGGCCUCAAGUUGUCGGCUUUGGAACAGAACACCGGAACCAAGAUAUCUAUUCCCCGACAAAACGAUUCCUCGGAAUUAAUCAAAAUUUUGGGCACAAAAGAAGCGAUCGAUAAAGCGGUUCACGAAAUCCAACUCAUCUCCAACGAGAUGGCCAGUCGUGCCAACGAACGCGUUUCCAUUCCUAAGAUAUACCACCCCUUCGUGUGCGGGCCGUUCAACGAGAAUUUGAACGCCAUUAUGAACGAGACGGGCGCUAAGGUUAGUGUUCCGCCGCCCAGUGUUAACAAAGAGGAGAUCUCUAUCACCGGCGAAAGGGAUGCCGUUCUUAUGGCCAAAGACAAGAUUCUGCGGAUCUUUAGAGACAGAGAGAAGAAGUGUCAGACGGUGUCAAUGGAAGUGCGGAAAUCGCAACACAAGUACAUAAUCGGUCCCAAAGGCCACACACUGAACGACAUAUUCAAGAAUACUGGCGUUUCGGUUGAGAUGCCGUCGCCGGACAGCAAUAGUGAGACGAUUACACUGCGAGGAGAACAGGACAAGUUGGGGCCCGCCCUCACUGUCCUCUACGAGAAAGCUCACAGCGAGGUGGACGUGGAGAUGGAGGUGCCGGCCUGGUAUCAUAAAUACAUUCUCGGCCCUAAAGGCACCAAAUUUCAGGAGAUCUCUCAAGACUUUCAGAAAGUGAACGUAUCGUUCGUGUCGAGCGAAGACAAGAUCAAAAUGCACGGACCCGUCGCUGAAGUGGACAAAGCCAAGGAAGUGAUCCGCGAAGUGAUUCGUGAAAUCACUUCCAAAAUAGUUGUCGAAGAGCUCAAAGUGGACUCCAGAUAUCAUCGCUUUAUUAUCGGCAAAAAUGGUGUUCACAUUAAGCAUAUCCGCGAAGAGACCGGCGCUCAGAUCCAUAUCCCCAGCGAAGGCAAUGAGAACGUGGCCGCCAGUGAUGUCGUUAGGAUUGAAGGCUCGCCUCAAAGUGUGAUGAAAGCCAAACAAGAGUUGGAAACUAUGAUUAAGAAAAUGGUUGAAAAAGAGAAUGAGGUCUCAAAGGAUCUGAUGAUUGAACAGAGAUUUCAUCGACAGAUCAUUGGAACCAAAGGCGAGAACAUUAAAGUAAUCCGCGAACGCUUUAAUCAGGUUGUCAUCAUUUUCCCCGAACCUAACGACAAGAGCGACAAAGUGACCAUAAGAGGCAGUCGUAAGGAUGUGGACCUGUGCUACAAACACAUGUCUCAACUCAACAAAGAACUCCUCACUAAUCACCACAGAGUGGAAGUGCCUAUAUUUAAACAGUUCCAUAAGUUCAUUAUCGGCAAAGAGGGCGCCAACAUUAAAAAGAUAAGGGAUGAGACGGGAACUCGCAUUGAUUUGCCGGCUGAAGGGGCCAACUCUGAUGUGAUUGUGAUCACCGGAAUCAAGAGCAAUGUGGAGAUGGCUCGCGACCGCAUUCAAACCAUUCAAAAUGAAUUGGAAGAUGUGGUUCAGGUGGACAUCAUUAUCCCCUCGAAGAUCCAUAAUUACAUAAUCGGCGCGAAAGGGCGUCAAAUCAGACAAAUUAUGGACGACUGCGGGGGUGUUCUCAUCCGAUUUCCUCCUGAAGGCUCCGGUAGUGAUAAAGUCUCCAUUCGUGGCCCUAAAGAUUGCGUCCAAAAAGCAAAACAACAAUUAAUUGCCAUUUCAAACGAACAGCAAAUUAAUAAUUUUAGUGAAGAAUUAAAGAUAAAACCCGAACACCACCGAUACCUCAUCGGCAAAAAUGGUGCUAACAUUAAGAAAGUUAGAGACAAUACCGGCGCCCGAGUCUUCUUCCCGACCGGCAAAGAAGAGUCGCCCGCAGACAGGGAUUCGGUUAUCAUUAGCGGUAAGAAAGAAGAGGUGACGAAAGCAAAGGCUUUGUUAGAAGACAUGGUUAGAGACCUCGAGAGAGUGGUUGAGGGAGAGAUGAAAGUGGAUCCUAAAUAUCACAAGCAUUUUGUUGCCCGAAGAGGUGCUAUUCUCAAACAAAUUGGCGACGAUUUCGGUGGCGUAACCAUCAGUUUCCCGCGAAAUGCCCAAAGAGAUAGCGAUAGAGUUGUUCUUAAAGGAGCCAAAGAGUGCAUCGAAAGUGCGAAACAAAGAAUCACUGAAAUCAUCGAAGAUUUGGAUUCACAGAUCACUAUUGAAUGUGUGAUUGAGGCCAGAUAUCAUCGCACACUUAUGGGCACUCGUGGCACAAGAGUUCAGGCCAUCACUCAAGAACACGACGUGAGGAUCAAGUUUCCCGAGAGAGGCACUAACGGUGUGGCCGCCGAAGAGGACUUAGUUAAUGGCGAUUAUAACGGAAGCACUGAAAGUGUGGAACAAUUGGAGAAAACUCAACGAAAAUCAGACAUUAUUUUGAUUACCGGGAAGAAAGAGAACUGCGAAUCGGCUCAAAACGCUUUGUUAGCUUUAAUUCCCAUAACCAUUGAAGUGGAGGUGCCUUUCGAUUUGCACCGAUUUAUUAUCGGACAGAAGGGUCGCGAAGUGCGCGAAUUGAUGGAGACUUACGACGUGUCGAUUUCAGUGCCGCCGCCCAACGCCUCCAGUGAUACAAUCAGUAUAACUGGUUCUAAAGACAAUGUCUACAAAGCGAAGAAAGCCGUUGAAGAGCGGGUCAUCAAAAUAGAGUCCGACAAACAGGAGAAACAGGCCAAGAGUUUCGCUGUUAGUAUUCGAGUCAACCCUAUAUAUCAUCCGAAGAUUAUUGGCAAACGCGGGGCUAUUAUUACAAAGAUUAGGGACAAACAUAAGGUCCAAAUCCAGUUCCCAGAGCUCAGGGGAAGGGACGGUCGCUCAGAGGAAGAUAAACAGGACGUCAUUACGAUUAUUGGAUACGAAAAUGAUGUCAAUUUAGCCAAAGAGGAUAUCCUCGAAAUA